AUGCCUAACGGCGCGCAUGUCUCACUCCCCAAAGCUGUUCCGUCAUACGUGGAGACUAAGCAUAGUGAGGAUGACGAUGAGGCACGCAGCUUCCUGCACCGGAAUUAUGUGCGGCACUAUGCUGUGAAGAAUCACAAGACGCUAACCACGCUGACUAUCCUUAACGGUGUCUUCUUCUUCCUCACGGGCGUCUUCUUUUCCGUCUGGUUCCAUGAGAGAUAUGUCGUCCGCAAUGCCGACAUCCGCCGCACAUCAAGCUACAGCCCCAUUCUCGACAUGGUCGAUCUUGGUGGUAGCAUAAAGAAGUUCAACGGCACACUAUUCCCUCCUAAGCACCCAUCCCUGGGCAGACAGAUGCCCAAUGCAGCCGCCGAUCAGAUUUGGGAGGAGCUGGAACUGACGCGAGUCCUGCCCGUCUCUCGUGCCGACAUCAUACGGAUGGGCAAGGAUCCGUCCACGGUGGCCAAGCUCGAAGACAGUGUUUGGGGCCUGGGCGAUGAUGCCUACGUGACGGUGCUGGAUGUCUACCACCACCUUCACUGUCUGAAUUCGCUGCGCCGCAUCGCUUACGGGGCAUACUAUUCUGAGGAGAUGGGCAACGCGACCCGCGCGUCCAUGACCGAGAUCCACAUCAACCACUGCGUCGACAUGCUGGCUCAAGCGCUGCAGUGCAGCGGGAACGUCAACCUGAUCACGAUGCACUGGGUUGAAACGCAGGUGUAUCCGUUUCCCGACAUGUCGGUGAACCGAAAGUGCAUCGAUUUUGAGAAGCUGACGGAAUGGCGGCGGGAGAACACAAUAGACAUGGACAAGUACGUCGAGGUCAUGAAGAAGCCAGAUGGAGUGGCGCAGCUCCCUGCACCGGAUGCGCUCUAUGCAUACCACGGCUCGAGAAACCCCAACCAUGAAGGCGGGAAGGACAUGGACAAGGACUUUAACCUGUAG